ACCCACAGACUGAACAACCCAACAUGAAAGAGUGAAAGAGUCCAUAAAACACUUGAAGUCCACAAACUGUGAAGAGAAGUAUUAGAGCAGAACCAGGAGGCUAUAAUACCAAAUAAGUACUAUUUUUUUUCUCCAGCUAUCUCCAGCUGUGGGCUUUAUUAACGUUCAACCACAGUGCACAAGAAGACCAGAGGAAAAUAAAAGAAGAAAAGAUAUAGGAACAGAUGAAAAGCUCAAUAUGUGGUUUUGGAAAGCCAAAGAUCUAGCGCUCGCAAGCAUGGGAAGCAUGGACCAGCCUGUGAACAUGUGUGUGUAGAAGAAAAUAUUGUAAAGGAGAAGGGAAACAGGAGGGCAGUAUGGGAAAGGGAGGAAGGGCCACCUUGGCUGUCAUCUUCAUCACCAUCUUUCUUUCCUCUCUAUGGCUCUAUGGUGGUUUGGAUCAUUACUGGGACUACUGCCUAAAGGGUUCCAUUAAGAAAGAUCAGUCUGUCAGUUUGCACUGGAGUAACACCUCAUCAGAAGUCAUCACACCUCCACUGGAGGUGUGUCCAGGACAGAAAUUCCAGUUUGCUUAUUUGCUGAUGCAUCUACAGGCUGCGCCCAUCUCAACCAAUGAUGUUUUGCUAAAGCCGUACUUAGCCAGCUGGGAUGAGCUCAUCAAGUUCAUGGAGACCUUGGGACCAAUGGUGGGUAUAAUCUCCCAAGAAAUUGAGUCAAAGACCUCCAUUAUCCGCAAGCUUGCCAAAAAAGAGGAGGAGGAAAGAAAUCAGCAAGCGCAAGACUCAGCCUUACAAGGUGCAUAUGUUUCAGUGCGCUCCAUGAUUGUAUCAGAGCUGGAGCAGGGUUUAGUGAACUUUGGUCGGUUGACGGAAUCGGGUUGCAGGACUCUACUGCGCCUUCAUCGUGCUCUCCUCUGGUUGAAACUCUUUCUACACAGCCUAGCUGAAGAAAAGAGGGAAAUGAUGGUGCGCAGCCCAUCCGAGCUCUGUCGAGAAGCUUAUCGACUCACACUAGCUCAGCACCACUCAUGGUGGGUGAGGAAGGCAGCGGAGCUGGCGUUCGUGGCCAUGCCUGACAGAAAGGCCUUCUACAAACUGAUGUGUGUGAAGACGCAGACGGAGGCAGCAGCUUCAUUGAACAGAGUGGUAAAAGCCAUACAGAAAGUGUAUGACAGGACUCAAGUGGCACUGGAGGAACAUGAUAUGCUAGCACUACCAUAAAGACAUGGAGUGUGGACAUAUCGGUGACAUGAUUAGGUAUCCAGUAAGUGCAUGCAAUGUUGGUGAUACCAUAUGGAAGCACAGCACUUUCGUGAGGCCAUGAUGAUAUAAUGGCACAGCAUGCUAGCAACAUGCCAUAAGGACACACAGCAUGCUAGCAACACCAUAAGGAUGCACAGCAAGCUAACAGUACCAUAAGGACACACAGCAGGCUAGCAAUACCAUGAGGACAAACAGAAUGCUAGCAACACCAUAAGGGCACAGAGCAUGUUAGCAAAGCCAUAAGGAGAAAAAGCAUGCUAGCAUGCUCUGGGUCCUUACAGUGUUACUAGCAUCCUGUUUGUUCUUAUGGUAUUGCUAGCCUGCUGUGUGACUUUAUGGUAUUGUUAGCAUGCUGUGAUGCUAGUGAUAAUGUAAGGAAGUACAAUGUGCUAGCAAUACCAUAAGCAUGCCUAGCAUGCUAUUUAUGAUUAAAGGAACUGCAGAAUACUAGCAAUACUGUAAGGACACAAAGGAGGCUAGCAAUUCCAUAAGGACACAUGAAAGUUAAAAGAAGUUCAGAGGGAAAAUGCUGCCAUGUGCACUUUGUCACAACUCCAAAUUGGCCCACACUAACAUCAAGGCUUUGAGUCAAUGUGUAGUAAAUAUCUGGCAGACACUUUUUUGCAGGUCAUAAUUUUAGCAGGUGUGGUGUUUUUUUUUUUAAAAUUAGGUCACUGUUUUAUCAUAUCAGGGUUUAUGACACACUGAUACUUGGACUCUGGCCUGAGUGAUUUCACAGACAGACAGAUACACACAGAGAAACACAAUCACCAGUCAACAGUACUGUUAACACUAUCAAUGGGUGUCACCAUUCUGUUGGUACCAGUCUCGAACAGGUACCAAAGACCAUACAGCUGCAAUCAUUGGACCAACCUGCAAUUGCAAGACGCAGUUCCAGUUUUAGUGUGCUGAACGUUUAUAGUACAGGUGUGCACUGGGAUGAGAUCCUGUGAGACCCAACAAACAAGCCAUGUGGUGGGAACAUAGAGUCAGCUGUGAAGCACGUAGGACGGAGAAAUGUCAUGUUCAUUAAUAUGGGAGCGUACUGGGUGUUUACGACGUUCAUCUACCAUGGUUAUUCUUCUUCAAUAAAUGCUUUUCCUAGUAACAAUCUAAGAUGUUUGUUAAAAAAAAUCAAAAGCAAGUGCAAACAAAAAUAUUAACUGCAGGAGUGGGCGGGGUUAGUCAGAACUCUAGACAUCAACAUUUAGUGAGGCCAUGAGUUAGGUUUCUUGAGAUCUACAUGUAUUUUGUGGUCAUGAAUUACUUAAUUCGUCUCAACUAUUAUAAUGAAGAGACAGGGAAAUCUAUUGAAUUGGACCAUUGUGGGCACAUGAAGCUAAGCGUGGAGAUGAUUAAUAAUAUUCCAUUUUACUUCAUUCUUGGAAAAACACAUAAAAACACCGGUGUCAUAUUUAGUGUUACAUAUUAAGUUACAUAUUACAUAUUAAGUCAUGGGCUAAGAUACUUAGUUUGUGACCUUGAAAUACACUAUAUGGCCAAAAGUUUGUGGACAACUGACCAUCACACCCAUACGUGGUUCUUCCCCAAACUGUUGCCACAAAGUUGGAAGCACACAAUUGUCUAGAGCGUAAUUGUAUCUUCCCUUCUUUUCCUUCCCUUGAACUAAGGGGCCCAAACUUGUUCCAAUGCCCCCGUGCACAAAGCGAGGUCUAUGAAGACAUGUUUUGCCAAACUUAGAGUGGAAGAACUCGAGUGUCCCGCACAGAGCCCUGACCUCAACCCCACUGAACACCUUUGGGAUGAACUGGAAUGCUGACUGCUCCCCCAGGCCUCCUCGCUUGACAUCAGCGCCUGACCUCACUAAUGCUCUUGUGUCUGAAUAAACACAAAUCCCCACAGUCACGCUCCAAACUCUAGUGGAAAGCCUUCCCAGAAGAGUGGAGGUUAUUAUAACAGUAAAGGAGGACUAAAUCUGGAAUGGGAUGUUCAACAAGCACAUAUAGGUGUGAUGGUCAGGUGUCCACAUUCUUUUGACCAUAUAAUGUAUUUCAUGACCUCAAGGUGCAUUCAAACAAUUCAGAACUGUGUACCAGUUUGUGUUUACGUAGCUGUCCAGGAGUAAAGUCACCAAUUAUCUGUCCAGGUUUAUCUCCUUCACCAGUAAUAAAUUACUACAUAAAUCAUUCUAAGUGUUUAUUCUGGUUUUACUGCAUUUCUUGUCAUUAAGCUUUUUCGAAAGCACAGCAUGGAGAAUUAUCUGUCUGUGCUGGGUGCUUACUGAUUUCAGCCAUGUUUUUCUUUCCAAACAGACUGAGAUGGGGUGGAAUGAAGGGGUGUUUUCGGGUGGCUAUAAAAAGACCAACAAGAGGCCCAUGUAAACACAAACGAUCUUUUUCUCAGCCAUAUAAUACACUUGUGCUGAAGCCAUGGCUUGAACCAUUAUAUAUCUUUAAUCAUGUUCUACAUAUUUUCCAUGUUAUUUGUACAAAUCUACUAUCGCACCUUUAAUUUGUGGCCAAAAAACCCCCCAAAUAACCAUGUCAUCUCACAAUGCAGACAGUUCUGCUUUCUGGUACUUUGUGUACAGUGAGAGAGCUCAGUGUAGGAGAGCUGCACCCACUGAUUGUAGAACCUAAACUGUUCCACUAGGAGGUGCAGUUAACUUCAGCAAAGAGCAGAACUGCAGAAGAGACCCAUGCAUCAUGCAUCUUAAGACAUCUUCAAGUUGUUAAGCUGUUCUAGUUCAGGAAGUGAUCGAAAACUAAACAGAACAUACAGAUUUGUCAAAUCAGAAAUUUCCUGCUCUAACACAUCUACUGAACCUGACUAAAUCACAAUCAGAACUUAUGCAAUUUUUUUUUCUAAAAAGCAGAUAUUAAGUACAACACUAAUAAAGACAAUUUAGUGUCACG